UUGCAACCUACAUUUUCUUCCCUUUCUGCUUAAUUAAUCAGAUAUAAGUUAGAGAAAGCUUCCGAAAUCUAAACAGAUGAAGAUCAAUUGAUAAAUCAACCCAGUGAUUCACCAUACUUUCAAGCAGCGGAAAGAAUGUCGGCGCGGGCCGCGGGUGACGUCAGAGGGGAGCAGCGCAGAGCGGCGGCGGCGGCCAGGCAGCGGCAGCGGCGGCCGCGGCCGCGGCCCGGCGAGGGCGGAGGCGGCGGCGGCGGAGGCGGCGGAGGAGGCGGAGGCGGGGGCGGAGGCAGCGGCGCCGGCCCCUCCGCCACCGCAGCGGCAAUGGCGGCCGUCGGGGAGCGCCGGUCCCUGCCCAGCCCGGAGGCGAUGCUGGGGCAGCCCUGGAGCCACUGGGUCGAUGCUGCUAAACUUCACGGGAACGACGGAACAGCAUUAGAAGAAAGUUUCAAGGACUACGGGAAAAAUCGAGAAGCGAUGCGACUUUGCCGAGAAGAUAUGCCAAUAUUUGGUCUUUGCCCGGCUCAUGAUGAUUUCUAUUUGGUGAUGUGUAACCACUGUAAUCAGGUCGUAAAACCACAGGCAUUUCAAUCACAUUAUGAAAGAAGACACAGCUCCUCUAGCAAGCCACCUUUGACUCCUCCCUCCUCUUCAGUAUUUUCCCUCAUUUCAUCUUUCCCUUCAAAAAACAAAGGUAGCAGUGGAAGUGGGAGCAAUCGUUCAUCCAGUGGAGGUACUAGUGCAUCAUCAUCCAAUUCCAAGUUGUUGAAAUCACCCAAAGACAAGCUGCAGAUCAGUGGAAACAAUAGGCUAAUGCAUCCGGUACAGCAUAGCAAAGUUCCCCAUGAUAAAAUCAUGACUCCAUCUGUCAAAGUGGAAAAGAUUCAUCCAAAGAUAGAUGGUGCCCAACUGAAAGCUGCUGUUGGUCCAACUUGUUCUACUACUGUGAGUUCCUCAAUAAAGACUGGCCUUAAUUGUCCCUCAAUACCAAAGCCACCCUUGCCUUCCCCUGGACAAAUACUGAAUGGUAAAGGUCUUCUCUCUGUGCCUCCAUUUUUGGAAAAGAAACCUGAAGAAAAUACAAAUAAUAGGAAAUUUUUACAUAAAAGAUUGUCAGAGAGAGAAUUUGAUCCUGAUAUAUACUGUGGUGUCAUUGAUGUGGAAACCAAGAAACCCUGUACUAGGUCUUUGACAUGCAAGACACAUUCCUUAACCCAGCGGAGGGCUGUACAGGGUCGAAGAAAACGAUUUGAUGUGUUGUUAGCAGAGCACAAAAGCAAAACCAGGGAAAAGGAGUUUCUUCGACAUUUGGAUCAUCAUCAGCAGAUGCCCCCUCUCAGGGAACCACAUCCCUCACCUACUAAAACUUCCCAGGAGCUGCACCAAAAUUCUCAUGGAGUUACUCUAACAGAAUCAAAGCCUUUAUUACCUAAUAAACCCAAACCUCACCCUCCCAGUCUUCCAAGGCCUCCAGGCUGUCCAGCCCAGCACAGUGGAAAUGCCCCUAGCGAUUCUCCUUCUGUCCACGAAUCCCCUCACCCUCCCUUGCCUGCAGCUGAGCCAGCAUCUCGGUUAUCCAGUGAUGAGGGAGAAUGUGAUGAAAAAGAAGAGCCUGUUGAAAAACUGGAUUGUCAUUAUUCAGGUCAUCAUCCUCAACCAGCCGCUUUUUGCACAUUUGGUAGUCGGCAAAUUGGAAGAGGUUAUUACGUGUUUGAUAAGCGGUGGAACCAUAUUCGAUGUGCACUUAACUUCAUGGUGGAGAAGCAUCUUAAUUCACAGAUGUGGAAGAAAAUUCCUCCAGCAUCUAGUAACACGACCUCUGUUCGUGCACCACAUCGGACAAACUCAAUGCCUACUUCACAGUAUGGUGUCAGUGCUACAGGGUUCCUUUUACCCACCACGGUUAUGUCAUCGCCAGCAUUGGUAUCUCCUUCCUGUAUGUCUCUGAACAGUAAAUCGGUACCAUCACAUGGAACUACACUAAAUGCCAAUCCUGCUACUUUGGGUGCAGUGGAUCCUGUCUGCAGUAUGCAAUCAAGACAAGUGUCUUCAUCCCCUUCAACACCUACAGUGCUUUCCUCAGUACCUUCACCUAUGCCCAGCAAACCUCAGAAAUUGAAAUCCAGCAAGUCUUUUAAACCUAAGGAAUCUUCUGCUGGCAGUGGCACCUGUAACAGCACCGGCAGCGCCAGUAGCAGCGGUGGCUCAGGAAAGAAGCGUAAAAACAGUUCCGCACUGCUAGCACCUUCUCAUUCCACGGAGUCCUUUAGAAAAAACUGUGUGGUUAACUCUGGAAACUCUGGGACCUCCUAUCAUCCGUCGGUGACGUCUUCGUCCCACAGCGUUGGCCUCAACUGUGUGACUAGCAAGGCUAACUCUGUUAGCCUCAAGCAUGACCAAUCAGGGAGGGGUCCUCCGACUGGAAGCCCUGCAGAAUCGAUAAAAAGAAUGAGUGUGAUGAUGAACAGUAGCGAUUCCACUCUCUCCUUAGGGCCAUUUGUUCAUCAGUCCAGUGAGCUGACUGUAAAUUCACACAGCAGUUUUUCACAUUCACACACUUCCCUAGAUAAACUAAUAGGAAAGAAAAGAAAGUGCUCACCUGGUUCGAGUGGCAUAAACAGCAGCAGCAAGUCCAACAAAGUUGCCAAAUUGCCAUCGGUGAAUAAUGUUCAUGCAAAACACACUGGUGCAAUCCCAGGGACACAAGGACUGAUGAACAAUUCUCUUCUUCAUCAGCCAAAGGCACGUCCCUGAUAGCUGAAUAUACCAUGGUGAGAAAAGAACUGGACAGUUUUCACUACAAGCAAAACCUCCACCUGGAAUUCUGGACUCCAAGAUGCCUUGAGUUAUCCCAGCUUCCCAUGGUCCUCAGGUGUGGAAAUCUACUGGACUGUCACUCGAACAAGGAAUUUCCCUGAAGCCAUGUCUGUAGCAGUGAAUAUACUAGAAAUGGACACUGGAUGAAGUUCAGCCACAUAAUUGCUCUUAUCAGUGUUAACGGUGGCCUGGACUGUUUGCUACGAAUCUGUGAGAUUUUACUUACAGGAGUACAUCAUUUUGCCACUUUUUGACAUAGAUUGGCUGGGCAAAAGAAUGUUUUGUUUUGUUUUGGGGGGGGGGGAAACAUUACUGUGGACUUAUUUUUAUACUGAUGGUGUCUUUUGUAGGUGAUAGCUACCAGACAGACACUGUCGAUAGGGAGGACCCCUCAACGCAGGGGGAAAUGUGUGAGGCACAAUGGAAAGAAGCCCUCAAGAAGGGAAUAUGGCUUUAGUGUUUUUAUAGCAAUGUUCCUUUAAUGGAAUAUAAAAAUAGCACAAUUGAAAAAAAAAAUAGUUUGUGUUUUGCCCAGCCUUUUGCAAGUAAUUUGGGAUAAGAAGCUAUCAGGAGUUUCAAAAAACUUUUAAAAAAAAUACACAAAAAGGACUUGUUUUAAGCCAUUGCUCAUAAAACAAGUAUAAAAAUAAUGUUGUAUUUGCAUGAUACAGAAAUUAUUUUCUAUUAUUUGGAAUAAGACUUGAUUGCAGAAGAAAGUAAAAGUUAAUUUUGUUUAAAAAGAUUCCAAAAAUAUCAAACAAAGGCAAAUAACCUCUAAAACUAUAUGCCCAAAGAACAUAUUUCUUGACCAAUACUGUAUACCACAAGCCUUUGUUAUUUAAAAAGAAUUUUAACUGUAUUGGUUAAAUUAGGCUGGAUUUGCCUUCCAGCCUGUAAAAAUAGCCCUUUUAAAAGUGAGUAUUUAAAAUAUUUAAAUAUUUUCUAAAAAAAUUAAAUAAAAAUCAAUAAUUUUAUGCCUUGUUUGUAUAACUAAAUCAUCAGUGUGUUAUGCUUUCAACCACUUUCAGUAAGAUUUUUUUCAAAAUUUUGGAAUAGAUGCCAGUUUAACAGCCAAGUGCAAUGUGAAGUGCAGAUGUAUGCAUUACAGUCAUCUUCUCACACCUACUGAGGUUUUAUGAAUAAAGGGGGCUUUACACAGUUUUAUAUAGUCCAGUCAAUUUUUAUGAAAUAUUUUGUCUUGCUUCAAAACACCUCAAAGAUGAAUUCCGCUAAAGGGCUUAUUGUUACUAUAAUUUAAUUCAUCUGGAUGUUUUGGUUAAGUUUUUAAACACCAGGUAAAGUCUCAAAAUGGACUAGACUUUUAUGAAGGGGCAAAGCAAAGGAAAACAAAUCUCUAACCAAGAAUACACUUUUCUGCCUUAAAGGGGCACCAGCUAUUGCUGAGAACAGACAAUCUGAGCCUGUCAAAUUGCUCACGUAGCCCAGCCUUCUCCCCGUUCGUGGUGGCAAAUAGCAAGUACAUCAGGGAAUCCAAAGCCACUAAGAGUAGCAGUUGCUUCGUUGUUUACCUAAUAAUGCUCUCAGUUUCACCUGAACUUGCUACAAAAUCAUCCUUACACAGCAAAACAAUGGCAAGCCUCUAUGCAGACACUUUAGCUUUGAAUUGAUACAAAAGAUCGCGUUUAGAAAGCAACGUACAAUGUACUUUAGACAUUUAUUAUGCAAAUUAAAAAAAAAGACUUUUUCAGGAGCAAAAAACCUGAUAUUUAAUAAGAUGCCCUACUGAAAGCGUUGUCAAAACUAUGGUUGGUUUAGCUUAAAAGGAACCAAAGUAAUGUGCUUAUUCCACAAAGAGAAAUCAAAAUGUAUGAAAUCCUGCACAUUUGGAGUGAAAUCCAUGUUCUGAUGAGGUCACUGGGGCAAAAAUUCACUUCCAGAUAGCUUCAGUCACAAGUGCAAUUUGACUAUUGAUAGGUGUAAAUGUAAAGGCGACAAAAAUUGAUAAGAAUGAACGCUAGGGAGUUUGUGAUCAAACUCCUUUAUUAUUUUGGGUUUUUUAAGGUUCUGUUGAUCUGAAAGCAUAAUGGCAAAUUCAUGCUCAUUCAAGAGCACGCAGACAUUUGAAAAAAGUUAAUCCUCGAUCACUGUGCUCAUGUAGAGCCAGUCUCUGAAGAUGCCUGCGUUGUGUAGUUUUAAGCCAUUGGGAGUAAAAAGCUAGAACCUCGUGAAUGCUGUCUGCCCUUGAGCAUAGGCCUGCUUAAAUAUUAUGUUUUAGAUCUUGAUUAUAAGCAGAACAUUGUUCCUGAAGCUUUUAUUGUCACAUAGUUCUUACUGUAAAUAAUUAAGGAAGCUUAAAAUUAAUUUUCCUUGCAAAAUUGAAUUUGCAGUGGCUGGGUUGUUUCUAGACAGAUUUUGGUAUUAAUUUAAGAGAUACAGUUUUUAUAGUCUUUCCAACUUCUCGUUAUGACUCCUGCAGUUUUCUUAACCUAAAAAAUUGCUGCAAUGAUGAACAAAGAAUUAUACAAGAAAAAGACAUACUUUUGUAUCUUUAUUUUGGAAUUUCUUGUUCUAUUAUAAAUAUUGAAGUAUCCCUAUUUCAGAAGACAUAUUUUGUUAAUUGAUUGUACAUAUUUAAAUAUGUAUUUUUGCACAGGUCUUUUUUUCUUAUAUCCAGUUUUGGUACAAUUGAGAUCAUCUAGUAUUUAUUUAUUAAUUAAUUAAAAAAAAAAGAGCAAAUACCUUUUUAUAAUUUGAAGUGGUUCACUGCCAAGCCAAUAAUAACAUGCCUACUUUGCAACGUAAGGGAUGCCUCUGUUUUGUGAAAGUUGUGUCCCUUUUAACGUCUUGGGAGUGGAUACGUACAAACUAUUGCCCGGGUCCUGCCGUCAGAUUGGUGCAGCGCUCUGCCUAGGUAUCCGACUGCAGGAUUUGAGGCUAAAUGGUCUAAACGGCAUUGCUUAUCAGUUGCCUGAUUCCCAGAAGACUACAUUUAGUUAAGUGACACACUGCUUCUCUUUUUUUUUCUUGUUUUUUUUUUGUUUUUAGUGUUCGUGUGCGUGUGUGUGCGUGCGCAUUUGUGUGGGUCUCAUGUGGUUUAAAACUAACGGAAAAACUGAAAGUGCCUGAUAUAACUAGUUUUAAGCUUGGACUGUUUAGACAGCUUCUCCUUAAAAGACUUGAAUGUUCAGUUGAAAUUUUGGAGCUUGCUUUUUCCACAUAUAUAUGAUAUGUGUGUGUGUGUGUAUAUAUAUAUAUAUACACAUACAUAUAUACCCACUGAAAUUUUAUGAGAUGGGUUGACAAAAGAAAAUGAAUGAUGCUGGUAAUUUUGUAAAAUGUUUUAAUUGGAAUACCGUGGGUUGAAACAAUCCCAUUAAUAAUGCAUCUUAAAAUAACACCAAGGGUUUAAAAUAUGGUUUCAACCAGCAGUUAAAUAAACUGCCUCAUUUGGGGGUGGAGAGGGAGGGGGAUUAUUCUUUCAUAAAUGAAAUAAAUUAGAAAAUGUUCAAAAUAUCUCAUAUUCCAGGAAAAAAGCAAAACAAAAAACAAGUAAGUACCUCUUAAAACCAUUAAAAAAAUAAAGAUGUGAUUUCCAAAUGACAUUUCUAAGGCAGUUGUCUUCCUGUAAGAGUUCUCUUGCCAAGGAAUCUCUCAUCUUUCUCUCGUUCUGUCCUGGAGGAGGGAAUUGGGCUUGAAAAGAUUCUUAAUGUUUCACUGUUCAGCAGAAAAUAAUCAUUUUUACAUUUUGUGCAAGAUAUUUUACGUUUUAAAGAUAAUUUUAAAAUGAGCACUACAUAAUGUCAAUGUGAAUGUAGGCCUUGAAAGCAUCUUGCUCGGUAUUGAGCCUGGUUCUAAAAGCAAUCUCCUGUGUAAAAUGUGUGAAUAGUUUGAUAAUUUGUAUACAUAAUCAAGAGCAUCUGAUCAGCUGAACUCUGUGUUGGCUGCUGUAUAGUACAUGAACAAAUGUCAUGGGAUAGAAAAAUUACUUUGGAUAUUUAAAAGAAAAAUAAAUAUAUAGUCUAUUUGUUUUGUAACAAGUUUCUGUAAAUAAAAUAAUUUAUACUAUUUAUAAGAAAAAGUUGUGCUUUGCUUCAUGAAAAAGAUUAGUUUGUUGAACAAACAUGUUACUAAACAAGGCAAUAAAAUUAGGACUUUUCAAUAAAUGAGGUUGGUUGCAUGGAAUACAUUAUAUGUUUCUGCUUCAUUAUAAAAUCAUUC